CCUGGGUUCUAGCGCAUGCUCUGCCUGCGGUCUGAGUACUACAAAGCCCACAAGCCCUCGCGGCACCGUCCGCCUCCGCCCGAGCUCCUCCGCCAUCUCGCCGCCCCGCCCCUCGGUCCAGGCAGAGGCGCGAUGGCCGACCGCGGCGGUCCUGCCGAAGCGCCCAGCCCUCGGGGCUCUCCGCGGCCGGAGCCUCGGGCCCCGCGCGUGGCCGGGCAGGGCGAGACCCCGCGUACCGCGGCUCUGGCGCUGCGCUUCGAUAAGCCCAUCAAACAGGCUUUCUACAACACGGGCGCUGUGUUGUUCGUGUGCCUGUGCUGCGGGGCCGCGGUGCUUGUGUACUUCAUCCUCGAGGCCUUCCUGCGGCCGCUGCUCUGGGCCGUGCUGUGCGGCACCUUCCUGCACCCGUUCAAGAGCUCCCUCACACGCCUGGGCCGCCUGUGGCUGCGCCGCCUGCACCGCGCGCACACGCCCAUCGUGCUGGCCGCGCUGCUGCUGCCGCUCUGCUUCGCCGACUACGGCGUCGAGGCCCUGGGCGAGCAAGCGCUGCGCCGCCGUCGGCUGCUGCUGCUGCUGGGCGCAGGUGGCCCGCUGCUGUACGGGCUCUACUGCCUGGGCAGCUACCUGGGCGUCCAGGUGCUGCUGGCACACGCGGGCGCGCUCAUCUGCCACGGCCUCGACUACUUCAGCAGCCUGUGGAUCUGGACGUUGGUGGUUGGCUAUGUGCUGAUGGUUUCAUUCAAGUGGAAUGCAAACACUGAACACAUCUUGAGAGCAGUUUCGAUUCCAGUCUGGAUGAUACUUCUUUUUCAUAUAGCGUCACUGGCUGGCUCAUGGAGAAUUCCAGUGUUCCUGGUUAUUGUUUUCCUGAUGUCUGUGGGCACCCUUUAUGAAAAACAGAAUGGGAAGGAGUCUGCUGGGGCAGAAUUACCAGGACAAGUGAUCUCCAUGGCAGCUUCUACACUUGCAAACUUGGCCAUCUCCAUCACAGGGUAUGAAUCAAGCAGUGAGGACCAGCCCUCCACUCAGCCUGCAGAGCCCAUGGACAGGGUCGAGCCACCCCCAGCAUUGUCUGCUUCUUCAUCCUCUUCCCGUUCCUCACCUUCUUCCCCUUCACCGACUUUGGGCAGACAGAGGCCUGAGAUGGGGACAUUUCUCAGAAAGAAGAAAACGAGUGACAUUUACUUUGUGUCUCUCGUAUGGGCCAUCAUUGCUGUCCAGCUCUGGCUGAAUCUGUGGAUUGUGCAGCUACUGCCAGUGCCUGUUGCAGUCUGGAUAAUCAAGAAGCUCGUGAUUCACUUUGGAGUGGUGGGCUUCCUGGAGAAGCGCUGCCACGUGUGGUGGCAGGUUAUCGAGUGCUUCCUGAAGGAGCGGCAGGAGGCUUUAGCACCGUGGCCAAUUAUCGGGCUUGGGAAGUUCUUACUAAAAGUCGAUAGCAAGCUCUGGCACUGGCUAAAUAAGAAGAUGAUCAUCUGGCUGGAGAAGAUGUUAGAUAAAAUUAUUAGCAUUUUCAUCAUAUUCUUGCUAGUAAUAGGAACCCUUCUUUUAGCCCUUCUCCUGACUGCAAAGGUACAUCAAGAAAGUGUACACAUGAUUGAAGUCACAAGUAGUCUGAUUAAUGAGACCCUAGCAAAUCACCCAGAGUGGGCAAAUUGGCUUCCUGAGGCUCAGGUGGUUCAAAGAGCUCUUAAUUCUGCAGCUAACAAUGUCUAUCAGUAUGGACGGGAAUGGAUAACCCACAAGCUUCACAAAAUUCUGGGAGAUAAGGUGAACAAUACAGCUGUGAUUGAGAAGCAAGUUCUAGAACUGUGGGACAGACUAUAUCACUCUUGGUUUGUAAAGAACGUGACACACUCUGGAAGGCACAAAGGGCACAAGAUGCAUGUGAGUCGUCAGAACAGCUGGCUGGGAGAUAUUCUGGACUGGCAAGAUAUUGCCUCCUUUGUUCAUGAGAACAUUGAAACAUUCCUUUCGAUAUUAUCUUUUGGCUUCCAAAUAUGGAAGAUGAAGAUCUUGGAGUCCCUGUGGAUUGUUAUGAGCCGGAAUGUGAGCUUGCUGUUUACCACAGUUACCACGCUGCUGACCAUCCUCUUCUACAGUGGCACUGCCCUUCUGAACUUCGUGCUUUCCCUGAUAAUUUUCCUGACCACACUGUUUUAUCUGUUAAGUUCCAGUGAUGAGUACUACAAGCCAGUGAAGUGGGUGAUAAGCCUGACACCACUGUCUCAGCCAGGUCCUUCUUCUAAUAUUAUUGGCCAGUCUGUGGAAGAAGCGAUCAGAGGGGUAUUUGAUGCUUCCCUCAAAAUGGCUGGCUUCUAUGGAUUGUACACCUGGCUGACUCACACUAUAUUUGGCAUCAAUAUUGUCUUCAUACCAUCAGCUUUGGCAGCCAUCCUUGGAGCGGUGCCAUUUCUGGGGACAUAUUGGGCAGCAGUGCCUGCCGUUCUAGACCUGUGGUUGACACAAGGGUUAGGAUGUAAGGCCAUCUUGCUCCUGAUCUUUCAUCUCUUGCCAACAUACUUCGUAGACACUGCAAUCUACUCUGACAUAUCAGGAGGAGGCCAUCCUUACCUGACUGGCUUAGCUGUGGCUGGUGGAGCAUACUAUCUGGGCCUGGAAGGAGCAAUCAUUGGGCCCAUACUACUCUGCAUACUUGUGGUCGCUUCCAAUAUCUACAGUGCCAUGCUAGUGAGUCCUACGAAUUCAGUGCCCACACCAAAUCAGACACCGUGGCCUGCUCAGCCUCAGCGGACUUUCCGUGACAUCUCUGAAGACCUGAAAUCUUCAGUAGAUUGACAUGGCUUCCCUGCUGUGACUGCUCUGAGGAGUUCCACCUUGACAGUGAAUUCUCCCAGCAUGGCCUCUGUCCUGUCAACUGUGUCUGGCAGGCAGAGACACCUAAAAAAGAAGCAGAAGCCUCCCAGCCUUACAUGCACAACACCGAGUGAGAGAGGACUUGCUCUAGGCUGCUUUGCGUUUGAAACACAGCUUGAGUUUGAAACUGUGUGUGCUCAUAGCUCAUGCUAAGAUGCUUGAAAAGUUGCAGUUCAUGCACUGGUACCAAGGCUUGAAAUUGCCCCCAUUGAUUGUCUACUGCAGUGUGUAUUUAUAAAGUUACCUUAGGGAUUCUAAAAUACCUGCUAUUAAAAGUAUAUAUUCAGUGUAAUUUUUCUUCCGCCUUAGGAAUUCUUCCCCUUUUCAGGGAUGAGGCUUUUGCUUUGGGGUAUGGCUUAGUAAUUAGGGGAAAUGAGUCUGAUACCCUUUUAGAACAACAUUAUCCCCUUCUUGGGAGGAGAAAGGCGUCUUAGAAGUGAUGGUGGGGUAUGUGUGCUAUGACAGAAGAGAAGCAGUAGGAGUGCAGUCCUUCCUCCUUCCUCCCCUCCACCUUUCCUUUCAGGGUUGCCAAAUUUCCACGACUUUCCUGACCACAUUGGAUGGAGAUCCUUAGUGAGCUGCUGUGAAUAGUAACAGUGUGGUAGCAUCCAUGCUGUCAACUUUCUUUUUUAAACUCUUUUACAAGAAGAGACUCUCAGGUGCAGUGGUCCUCUAGUUUGCUGUGUGUGUCCCCAGCUCUUUACUUAGAACUUUUUUUAUGUUCUCUGCCACUUAGCACAGUGCCUUGCACAUGUGACUCUAGAUGAAUGCUUGCUGGGUUGGACUAUAAUAACUUUGUAUGUAUCUCAGACAUGGCAUAACCAGCACAGUGCUUUACAUUUUCAGCCCUUGUGCAUGCUACUUCACACUCAUUUCACAUCAGCUCACUCAGCUCUGUAUUCUCAACAGUGUCACACUUGUGAGGCCACUAAGCUUCAGGACAGUGGCCAGUGCAGAGUCACCAAGUGUUGUAAGACUUGGUCUCCCAUCUUCUGACUUCAUAUCUGCAAACUCUUAUCACAAUGCAAUUUUUAGGGCUUCAGCAAUUUCCCAGUCCUGUGACCCAGGUGUUGUCAUACAUUCCUUGCAAGUGAAAGAAAGCUUUUUCAGCUUCAUGACAUGGUUGGAAGGAGAGCCAGCUGCUGUGCCCUGCCUAGCUGGCUGUUCAGACACCAGCCCUGCCCGUGCCCAGAGGGAAUGUAAAGCAGGAGGGAUUUGUGUCAAAGAUUUUUUUGAAAGCACUUAAGACUAAAAUUAAUUCUUCCUAAAAUAUCUCACUAAGUUUAUACAUUUAUUUAUGUCAUGAGUAAUAAACCUCCUAUGCUGCAGUGUCCUGACUUGGCUGUGUGCAGUAUAGCACAUGCAGGUCUCCUGGUUGUAUCAUGAAUCCUUCAACGUCUAUGACCUAUUAUUCCAUUACCUGUUAGACUUGACCACUAGAUCACUUACUCUGUCCUUUAAUCAGUUGCCCACUUGCUCAUUAACACAUUUCUUGAGUAUUAGUAAACUCUGGGCACCAUGCCAGGGUGCUUUGGGAGAUAACUCCAGAGGCAGCCUCUUACCUUAAAUGCCAGCCCGAUCAUGUAUCAUACAAAUCUAAAAUUCUUAUAUUAAAAUGGCUGAAGAGAGAAACCGAGUUUGUGUUUGUUUACCAUAACCUGAUAAGUUUAUAGCUAUAAUUAGCAUAUGCUCAAAAGAGGCAAAUACACUUAUUGGUUGUGUACAUAUACAAGUUAUGUUGCUCCAAUGUGCUUUUAGCCAUUUAGAAGCAAAAUUGCAAAAAACCCAAGUUUGAGCUAAUUCAUAGCUGUUGGCAUGAUAAUUCUCAAUCUGAACAUGAAAUUGUUCACGGGGAACUUUGAACUUCCUAAAUUAGUGGCACUGACCUAAGCCCUUCCUGAAAUUUUAGGAGCAGAGGUCCCCACAUUGCCACACAGCUCUGAUCAUACCACUCCAUUACUACAGUGAAUUCAGGAAGGCCACCAGUUGGGUAGGUUGGAACCAGAAAAGCACCCUGGCAUAUGUCAGGCACAGGGAGGAGGUUUUACAGUAUUUUCCUAGAAUAGAUAGAGAGCAGGUAUCAUGACAAGGUAAGAGUCUUUAGAUUAAGUCUCGUCUCUACCCUGAAGAGUUUGCAUGGGAAUUUUACCCAGGAAGAAGUUCCCUUAGGAACAGAGAUGGUGUCUAUGCCUGACUGGUGUUUUUUUUUUUUUUUGGGGGGUGUGUGUGUGUGUGUUGUGUUUAUGUGUGUGUAGAAUGCAUCCAUGAAGCAAUAGUAGCUUCAGUGAAACUGAGGACAGAACUCUGUCAUAGCAUCUUCGAUUGUAUAGAUACGUUAAGGGUUAGUUUUCAAGUUCCCAUUCAUUGACAGUCAUUAAAUGGAAUGGGUACAAGGGGAACUGGGAUGCUGUGUGUACCCAUCUCCUAAUUUUGAUAUGAGAGGACGGGUUCAGGGUUGGAAGCAUAAAUCAUGUUACAUCCCUUCUGCCUGAAUCUCACACUCUUAUUUUUAGUUCUAUUGGCCUCUUUGGCUGCCAGUGUUAGAUAUUAUUAAAACUGUGAAUCUCCUAACCCUUCUUCCCCAAGACCUGGCUGCUUUCCUUUGAACUCUGAGAUGAGUCUGGGUUGGCACUUGACUGUGGAAAGGUGCCCAGGAUGUGUUAUGUGGAGACCCUGUGUCCAAACUGUGGCUUUGGUGAUGGCAGCUGCUUGUCCAGUAUACAGGCAGUAAAGAACUUGCAGGACAGGUCUUCUGGCUAACCUUGGCCUUCAUAAGAACUCUCCAUGCUUUCUCAAGAUUCUGUGCUCCUCCAUUUCCCACUUUGGUUAGGUGCCUAUUUCAGAAGUGUGGCAAGAAAUGCUAGGAACUCAAGGCCAAUCAGGCUUAGACUAGAAUACAUAAAGUAGGCUUUAACCUAGUUUAUGAGAAAAUGCCCUCAGGACUUCCCAUACUCCAAUCCUGACAUUUCAGUACCUUCUGAGGGUCUCCUACAGCCUUUCCAAGAGUAUUAUGGUUGGACUUUGAAUGCCCUUUUCACACUAAAAAUCAUUUAUGGCAACAUACUUUCAAAUUUUAGUUCCUGCAAAGAACAGCUACUAUUUAUUUUGUAUUUAUUAAUUAUUUUAUCAGUUUCUUAUCUUUGCUAUUUUUGUCAUCAAAUGUGUUUUUUUUUUUUUUAAACUCACUGAAGUCUGGGGAAAACACCUAUCUGAAGCCACUAAGCAAGCAGCUUUCUGGAUAACUUAAAAACACAAGAGAAUUGUAGGUGAAGAUUCUUCUUACAAUUACAGAAGUUUGGUGCUUGAAUGGGCUGUUAUAACGAGAUGAUGUGGUUUUAGAGAAGAACAAAUUUAUGGAUAAAAUAGCUUAUGGUAUAGAGCCAGUUAGCAACAGAAUUCAGAGUGGAAUAUGUAUCCUCACCCUGUCAGCCCACCUUCUUCUGCUUUUCUUCCCUUUCCCUCAUAGCUCAACUACUUUUGUCAAAAAAGAUGAUGUUGUAUAUAGCAGUCAUUUGCAGAAUUAAUACAGAAAAAAAAAACUGCUGGAGCAGAGAGGUUCCAUGGUCAAUUAAUAUUGAGGAAUGCUGUUACUUCCUUUCCCUGGGAUGUUUUUAUUAUGCCAUGACACAUAGUAAAUUUAAGAGAAACAAAGUGUUUCGUUGUAUGUUGUGCCUCUGUCCUUCCCUGUCCCCCUUUCUCUGAGAAUCUCAAAAGACCAGGGGUCCUUUUGAGCUUUUGAUCGAGUUUACAGGUCUUGUAGAAGACAAUUGCUAGUGAGAAUACUGGCAGUACCUGUGUUACUGUGCUUCCAUGGGAUAUCUGGUAAGACAUCAGAAAGAAGACACAUUGCUGCCCAGAGCUGUACUUGAAGGAAAGAUGUUCUUUCCCAGCUGUGGCACAAAGUCAUUAACCCCUAGUUAUCCAAGAAUCACUUAAAUUGCAAAUACACUGGUGAUGUUGGUACUGCAUCUUAGCAAUGCUUUUGUAUGGCACUUUAUAAUUUUCAGGCACCUUUGGGUUCAACCCCGUGAGCUAGAUAGUAUUACAGUCAUUGUUCAGAUGAGGCACUGGAAGCUCCAAGAAGUGUGUUGUUGUUGACCCCUUCUUUUCUCUCUCUUGCCCUCCCUCUCCUAAGUUUAGAUCACAAAAAGAUGGAGCCAGAAUUUUGUUACAGUCUCUGACUCCAAGUCCAAAGUUCUUUACACCGGUUUUUCCUUCUAGCUUUAUGUAUAUGACAAAGGUAUGGAAACAGAUGUAACAGUGUUUUUGCUUAUUGUGAAAUACAAAUUCUUUUGUAUUGAAGUGACCCAGCAGUGUAACUCCUACUGUAGCUGUCCUGUGUCCUUGCAGUGGUACUUGUUCAGGUACUUGGCUUGUACUUCAAACACUGUUUGAUUAUGAAACUAAGAUUAAACAUAUUGUUGUAAUUAUUUAGCUCUGAAAAUGUAUCGCCUCUGCAUUCUCAGGUGAAGGAGAGAAAUGGUUUGACAGGAAAGCUAGCAUUCAAAUGCAACAAUUAAUAUCCUUUAUUACAUAAAUGUUUCUUAGCUUUAAUUUGCUUUCACAACUUACUGAUGUAACAACAUCUUUGUAAAAUGUAAUAUAUUUCUAUUUUGAAAUAAAGUCACAAAUUGUUGGAUGA